GCGUACGCGGCAGUGGUACGCGACUGAGUUGGGUGUGAAGAUGGCGGACGACGAGGCCGAACAAGGCAGCGCACAUACACAUAGCAGUGCAACGAUUACCGCACUUCGAGAGAAAUUACAAGAAUUAGCAAUCGCGCUGAAGAACAGUGCUGAAUCUCCGACUCAGUCGUCUUCUCAGUAUUGCCAAGACUUUUGCCAGACUUUGGUGGAGUAUGCUGGUCGAUGGAGGAUGGAGAAGGACCCACUGCCCUUGGUGGAGGUGUACACAGUGGCUCUGCUGAGCUAUGCCCAGGCUUCCCCCUGCCUCUCCUCCCAAUGUGAAAAUGUUCCCCUCGUACUUGAAAGGCUCUCACUUAGCUGUGUGGAGCUGCUGCUCUCCCUGCCAGAACACUUCCCAGGUGCCUUGUGGGAAGAGUUCCAAUCAUCUGUUCAGUCAGCCCAAUCCCAGCUGCAGGAGAAUGGCAUCACACAGCUAUCCCUCCUGUCUACCGUGGCCCAGGAGACUGGUGUGUGGACCAACGGCACCCUGCACAGUCUCCUCUCUAACGAGUCGCCACAAACAGAGAAAGUUCAUAAGUUCCUUGAACUGGAGGGACCCAUUCUGUUGGAGCUAAGAGUAAAGCACCUUAUCAAGGAGAACUACAUGGAGAGGGCUGUACUGCUGGCAAAGGCAUGUGCAGAGUAUCCUGAGUUUGAAGGAAAAGGGCACUUUAAGCAGAUGUACCUUGUCUGCUUGUGUGCCGUCUCAGCACAGGAACCACUAAUGGAGGAGCUCUCCAAUGUGGAUUGCCGCGAUGCACUAGAAAUGAUCUGUAACCUGGAGUCAGAAGGGGAUGAGAGGGGAGCCUUCAGCCUAUGCUCGGCCUUUCUGACACGACAGCUUCUCCAAGGAGACACUUACUGUGCCUGGGAGCUGACACUGUUUUGGAGCAAACUGCUGAAGCGGUUAGAGUCGUCUGAAGAGACUUUCCUGGACAGAUGUCGUCAGAUGUCUUUGCUGUCCAAAACAGUCUUCCACAUCCUCUUCCUCAUCAAAGUCAUUCAAUCAGAAGUGGACAAGGUUGGACUGUCAGUGUGCGUUGACAUGUGCAUACGGGCUCUACAGUUGGAAUCAAGUGACGUAAACACCAAGGCCACCAUUUGCAAAACCAUCUCCUGUUUGCUGCCCACUGAUCUGGAGGUAAAGCGGGCCUGCCAGCUGACAGAGUUCCUCCUGGAACCCACAGUGGACUCCUACUACGCCGUGGAGACUCUCUACAACGAACCAGACCAGAAGCUGGAGGAAGAGAAUCUUCCCGUGCCCAACUCGCUCCGCUGUGAGCUUCUGCUGGUGUUCAAGACCCAGUGGGCUUUUGACCCCGAGUUCUGGGACUGGAAGACACUGAAGCGUCACUGCCUGACCCUUAUGGGCAAGGAGGCCUCCAUUGUGUCCUCCAUUGACCUGCUGAAUGACAAUGAGAGCCCAGAGGCCACCGAGGAGGAGGACACAGCUCAGGGUGAGGAAGGAUUCAGAGAUGUCACAGACUGCUUUAUUGACACCACACAUGAACUGAAUGAAAUAGCUGAUAAAAGACAGAAAAACCGAGAGACAAAGAAACUGAGAGAGAAAGGGUUCAUCUCGGCCAGGUUUAGAAACUGGCAGGCAUAUAUGCAGUACUGUGUUCUGUGUGACAAGGAGUUUCUGGGUCACAGGAUUGUACGUCAUGCUCAGACUCACUACAAAAAUGGACUUUAUAGCUGCCCGAUAUGCGCUGAGACCUUCACCUCAAAAGACACAUUGGAACCACACGUGGCAUCACACGUAAAGCUAUCAUGCAAGGAAAGACUAGCUGCAAUUAAAACAAAUAAAAAAUUGGCGAAUCCCAAAACGGCUGCUCCUGUUAUAGCGGCUCUAAAAGCUAAGACUGAAAAUCAACUUUGGACAAAAGAUGCAAAUGGCGAAUCUCAAGAACAAAAUGGGCAGUCGCUUCAGACAGAAAUGGUUCAGACCAAAGUCUCUGGACUUAAGACCGAAAGCAGCACUGAGGAAAACACAUGCCCUAUUGCAAACUGCAAAAAGGGAUUCAAGUAUUUCCGAAAUCUUCUUGUCCAUGUGAAAGCACAUGGAGAAAACGAUGAAGCCAAGCGCUUCCUUGAAAUGCAGAGCAAAAAGGUGAUUUGUCAAUAUUGUCGUCGCCAGUUUGUUAAUGUCACCCACCUUAACGAUCAUUUGCAAGUGCACUGUGGCGUCAGACCUUACAUUUGCAUACAGUUAAACUGCAAGGCCUGCUUCCUAUCCAACACAGAGCUGCUUGUACACAGGGAAGAACAUGUCGUGUUUAAAGCCAGAUGCAUGUUCCCUAGAUGUGGGAAGAUUUUCAAUGAAGCCUAUAAGCUUUAUGACCAUGAGUCACAGCAUUACAAAACGUUCACCUGCAAAGUCCCUAACUGUGGAAAAGUGUUCCAUUCUCAGUCACAGUUGGAUCUGCACCAGGAGGAACAUGUCACAAAAGAGGAGGAGGACCCAGCUACAGACUCUGACCUUUCUCAUUCUCUGGACCAGAGGAUGCUUUCUGAUCAGGCUUCCUUCUCAGAGGAUGUUGAUGAGGCUUCUCGUCCACCAGCAUCUGUCGCUGUGAAGCACUCUAUUGACCACCUGCUGAAUGCUUCUCAAGGUCCUGUUCAGAAUGAUCGACGAUACGUGAACAACAGUGAGCCACAAGAAAAAGAACUUUACCCAUGUUCAGAAAGCUCUGUGAUUCGGUCGACCAGAAAUGCACAAAUGCACGACCCAAAUGAACUGCAACGUAGACCCCAAGACCCCUCAGUGACUGCUGCAUAUGACUAUAUGAGACCCAAAUCACAGCCACAUAAUCCAUUAGCUUCAUACCAAGAUACUGCGGAUUUGCACCAUGCCUUACAGCCAAAUGUGUUACAAGGUCAGGACCAGGGUUUGCUGAAAGGGGGAAGUUAUGGAUCCAGGAACUACAAUUCGGACUACAGAGUACCAGUGCAAGUACAACAACAACAGCAUCCACACAUGUGUGUUACCAUGUCAGCAGCAAGCCAGACCCCCAAUUACCUGUCAACUCCAAUGCCUCAAACUCUCCCAUAUGCAUCUCAUACACUUCUUCCACUAGUCACUCAUUUGCCAGCCACUGGUUGCAGAACAGAGAAUUCAAUAACACAGUGCCUGUUACCAAGCACUCCUGCCCCACAGCAGAGCCCAUUACCAAGCACUCCUGCCCCACAGCAACACCCAUUACCAACGGCUCUUGCCCCACCCCAAGGACAGAAGGAAAGACACCACUGUGCUUUGGAUACAUGCGAUCGCAACUACAGCUCCUACAAAAGUGUUACCAAGCACAUGAAAGCAGUUCACCCAGAGUUUUAUACUGAAUGGAAACUUGCUAAAAAGAAAAUCAGGGAACAAGAAAAAGUUGAAAAGGCCAGGAAAGCUAUCCCAUCGAGUGUGCCUCUGAUUGGGAGCCAUAACUAUGUUGCUCCACUACAACAUCAACAGGCUAAUGUUGUCCCAGUUCAUAGGCAGAAUGUCAUUCAGCCACCCCAGUACCCAAACUCACACCACUCCUAUGCUUCCCAUUCAGCUGCUGUCCAAAGCCAGGCUUUCCCCAAUCAAAUGGACAACAUCUUAGAUCCAAUUGUACUCUCCCAGCUAGGAAACAACCCCAAUCAAUAUGCACCACCUAGUAUGCCAUGGCUACAAACACCAGGAAACAACCAAAUCCAGAAUUGUUAUGCCCCCCAAGUAUACCCUUCAAACAUUCAAGGAAUGCCACAAAUGGAUGCUGUCGGUGGAGGAAUGGAUGUUUAUGUUAUUCCGUCCCGUCAUAUGAUGGGAUCUAAUAUGGAAAGACCAGCAGAGUCACUCCAACCAUCACCUAUGGAUAAUGGUCUCCAGCCUGUUUUCCCCUCUUACAUGGACAUUCUGAAAGACUCAAGUCUUUCAAAUCAACUGGAAAAUGCUGCACCUUCCUACAAACCACCCUCUCAAAAUAAUCCAGGUUGUAAAAGUAGAGGAUUGCAGAAAACCAACAUGGAAUCCCACUUUGCCCCUGCAGGAAGCUUGCUAGCAAAAAGCAACAGUGCAUCUCAAGAUGGGACGAUAAACUCUGGAGAUGCAAAGAAUCAGAUGGGCAAAAAAGUCAAGCGUAACAAAAGAACGAAGUGGCCUGCCAUUAUUAAAGAUGGAAAAUUCAUUUGCUCUAGGUGUGGUAGAGGAUUUACAAAUCCCAAAUCUCUUGGAGGCCAUUUAUCCAAGCGUGCACACUGCAAAGCUUUUGAUGAGACUGAACUCCUGACAGCAGACUUGCCUUCAUCAUUUCUUGAUCUUCUGAAUUCAGAGCAACUUCUCAAUACUCAGCCCCCGCAAUCUUCACUGUAUAACCCUACUGCACCAUUUGCAAAUGAUGGUGAACAACCUGAUGACAUUCUUAAACAAAUUAUGGAUACUCCAAAUAUUUCCAAUGUGUUUGAGCCCUUAGCAAUUCCCCAGCCAACAUUCCAAAAUGCAUGUGGCCCCUACGUCGGGCGCUUGCCAGAAAGUACAGUUAUACAGCACACAGGAAAUAUCCAAGUGAAAAAUGAAAAUGAGUCUUAUAGAGAUGGUUAUCUUCCACAGUCAUGUGACCCUGGGUUUGGAAGCAGUGCAUUCUCUGAUCCGCUUCUCUUUCAGAUGCUUGCAGAAAACAACCCUACGGUUUCACUUCACAGACUUCCCACUGACCAUAUUGAUCAUUUACUCAGAUCGGAAACACUAACGAAGAUGAAAGAAGUAAAGGGAACUUCUGAUUCUGUCUCCAGUUCAGGAGGACUGUCUAAUGAUGGACUUCUGGCUGCAAUGGCCAGUUUGGCACAAAAUCUUAUGACAAACCCUAUGUUGCAGAUCACUUCACCAGACCCUCCGCCUCAACAAAGUCCAGCAGCAACAAGUAGUGAACUGGCAGAGAGACAGAGGAAGAGUACAGAACAGAAUGUCAAGAAAAGAUUGCGUGAACAGAUUUUAGCUGGAGACUUCCAAAGAAGAAGCAGUUUAUCUCAGGCAAGCAGCACUGACACAAAUGCCAGUUUGAGUCCGGUGUCAUCCAAUCCAGCAACCAAUGUUGUACCACAUUUUGGAGCUCAUCAAAGUCCUCAGCCUUCCACGACGAUUGAUCACGGAAUCCCCUCUGUGUCCUCUGACCAAGUGAACGGAGCCGCAUCCAUGCAGAGUUUCACUAAUUUCAGAGAGGCUUCCUCUCAACACCAUGAGGCUACUGCACCUACCAGUAUUGUUGCAAAUGAUGUUGAUCUUGGUCCCAAUCUAACACCUGUAAACCAACAGCACUGGAUGGUGGACAUUCAGAAUGCAUUAGAAAGGCUAGACUUAGACAAACAGGUCUGUGAUAUUGCUCCAACGUAUUCCUCCAUAAAAGCUAACGGCACUGAUAUUUGCAAUGAGUCAUUCAGGCCUAAUGUCUUAAUAGAGAAGGACACACAGAUUCCUGACGGCAGUAUGAAGCCGUUUGCCUGUGAGAGUGACAACUGCACUUACAGGACCAUGACAAAAUGUGCCAUUUUAAAACACCUCACCAAGACUCACAAUUACACCAAUGAGAUGAUCAAUUCGAUUAAGAAAGACCAUGGGAAAUUUGCUCCAUUCUCUUGUCAAAUGUGUGAUAAGACUUUUACCCGAAAUUCAAACCUUAGGGCACACUGUCAGACAGCUCACAGAUUAACACAGCAGGAGAUUGCUCAACUAAAAAUGAAGUGCCAGUCAAGCAACACGGUUGGAUUUGUUAAUAAAGACGAUAAACCAAGUGUGUAUUCAGAGCCUCCUUUGUCUGGUCAGAUGGUCACAGCUCCCCACUCAAUAACAGAGAAUAUUACACGUCAAUAUUCACUCCCGGAUGUUAACCAAAAUCAAGAUGUGACUGGAAACAACUUGUUUGCUUCAGGAGAAAGGACAAAGCAAGAAUACCACUCACAGCCUUUAGAACAGCGGACUUCUCAAGGCAUGGCUUACUCGAGAUUUAAUGAUAACAGUCUCUCCAUGGGAAUGCAGCCAAUGCAAAGGAUACCCAUGCAUGAUCAGACAGUGACUCCAUUGAUGCCAACGUCUGAAUAUCAAAUGAAUGCACACUGCUCAACAAUACCCCAAGUCCCCUUAAUGACUGCUCCUGAUACAGAUCAAUGGUCAAACGGACAAAACAUACCAGUUCCUUCUAUGCCUAGUCAUUACAGUCAACAGUCUGGAGGCUAUCUGACAGACAGAGCUGCUUCAAUGACACCGGCUUCAUCAGAUCCCCUUCAGGUUUGUGGUCCCUCGCUAGAAACGUCACCCAAAGUCAAGCAGCAGAGAGGACCAAAGCCUAAAGUUGAAAUUCCCAAGAAGACGAAAGAGAAGAAGUCUGAGGCAAAUAAUGCUUUCAGUCCAUACAGGCCAUAUCGCUGUGUUCAUCAAGGAUGUGCAGCGGCCUUCACCAUUCAGCAUAAUUUAAUCCUUCAUUACAGGGCUGUCCAUCAGUCUGCUCUGUCCACAUGUGAAAUGAAAAAUGAUCAAAAUGAUGAACCGGCUGAGAAAAAAGACAUCAAGCAGGAGAGAGUUAUGGAUGAGGAACCAGAGGGUGAAGUCACCCAGGUAACGGAAUUCCGAUGUCAAGUGAGCGACUGUUCGAGAGUAUUCCAAGAUGUCCCCAACCUGUUACAGCAUUACCUCCAGCUUCACAAGUUCAGCCUGGAUAAAGCAGGAUCUCUAAUGUCCAACAUCAACCUAGGCAGAUUCAGUUGUGAUCAGCAAGGGUGCACAACGUCCUUCACUGCUUUCUGGAAGUAUAUAGGACAUAUUGAAAAAGAACACGACAAGGCAAAACUAUCCAAAAUGGAAUCUGUGGAUGGGAUGUUCCAGUGUGAUGUUGAUGGCUGUGCCCACGCUUAUGCUACAAAGUCAAACCUGCUGAGGCACACCAUGAAAAAGCAUCAUGACCUUUACAAACUCCAACUGAUGAACCAACGGAAAAGUGAAGAUCUUGGGAAACCCAGCUCCAAGAAUUCCCAUUACCAACUGACUAAAUCAAGUGAUGGGAAAGAAAACAUAGAGAGCAACAAAAAGAUUACAGAGAAGGGAGGUGACAAAAAGAGAACUGACAAGACGGAAAAAAAUCAUUGGACUAAAUACGGAAAACCUUCCUUGAAAACUAAGGAUGAAGCAUCUGCGAUGUGCAUAAAGAAGUCCACCUUGCAAUACCCUUGCAUGAUAAAGGGCUGUGAUUCAGUGAUGAAGUCUGAACGGAGCAUCAUGAAGCACUACAUGGGGCACGGACUGUCCGAGCGAUACUUAGAAGAGCAGAGAAGCCACUUCAUAUUCUGCAAGAAAUACCCCCGACGUAGGAACCCUCGGUCUGGCAGGAGCGAUGACUCCAAGUCCGAGACGACAUCCGAGAUAUCCGACAGUGAGGACACAGCAGACACGGGCCAAGAAGGAAGUGAGUAUGAUGAGUAUUCAAAACCCGCCUUACGGAGAAGGGGGCAGGGCGGGCUGUCUGACACCAAACCCUCGUAUGAUGAAACUUCAGAAACCGUAUCUGAUAGCUCUGUGGUGGUGAAACGCAAGAGAGGGCGACCACGGAAAAUUAAUUUAGAAAAAAUUGUCAAACGCAAGAGAGUGUCCAGACUGACUAGGAGUAAUGCAGUUUGCUGUGGAGAAAAUGGAUCUGACUACGACUCCUCUAGCACUGUCCUUACCCAGGAUGAAAUGAACGAUCAAAGUGAAACAUUGACCUCCUUUAAGCCCAUGGGGUUCGAGAUGUCUUUCUUGAAGUUCUUAGAGCAGUCAAACCCACCUAAAAAUUCUGUAAAGAAGAGGAUUCAACUAGGAAACGCUACAGUGUUGUGCAAAAGGUCAGAUGCAUAUUUGCAUUACCCAAAAGGCUUUGAUACCCUUGAGUUCAGGAACCCUCAGAAGCUGACAUCUCUUAACAAUGUGAAAAUUGUAGUAGACAAAGCCUUUUCAGACGUUGCUGAUAAUCUGCUAAAGCAGCUCCAGGAAAUGCGACCCACAGUGAUAUUAGAAAAAUAGAUUUUGCUUGUCGAAACACGGUAACUCAGGAUUAGAACGGUUUUCAACCUGCAGCUGAAUGGUGCCCAAAAACAAUAAUACUUUGAAUUUUCAUUUUUCACUGCAAAAUAUAAAUCCAUUUUUUUAGUGGACUAUGUGAAAGUUGUUUUAAAAAUAUACAAUAAUACAAGUUAUUUACUGUAACCUUGAGUCUGUAAAAAUCCUCUUAUACAGUGUAUAUUGAGCUCAUUUUAUAUGAUGUUAUGGGUAGGAUAAAUUAAGCAUGCUUGUAUUUAUGAAGCUUCCCAGCACAUUAUAUGGCCUUUGCAAACAACAUUUUAAAUGGAGGGGGGAAAACAUAAAGGAUGUUUUUAUUCCCAUGGGACAUUUAAUGAAAUGGUCUUUCAAAAAAAAUGGAAUGUGAUUUUGUGUAUAGUUUGUGAAUGUUGUUUCAACACGCCUUGUAUAUUUUAAUUUGUAUGUAGACGAUGUUUUGUGUACAUAUUGUUUUUUUGAAUCAAUUACUGCCUCCAGCAGUCUAACUUAAUUGAGAUAAACGUUUUAUUAUA